AUGAAGGCGACAGGCCUGGCCCGGCGAAUGGUCAUGAACUUCGGCAUGGCAGGGGGUAAGGAGGCUGGCCUCCUCUCACUAGACGUCGACGAGUAUGCAGUCCUCUCCGAUGAGGCCAAGCAGAUCAUCGACCACAAGACCCAGUCGCUUCUGAACGAUGCCUAUCAUCGAGCCUCCGAGUAUCUCAGGACCCACCGCGACGAGCUCCACCAUCUAGCGAAGGCUCUGAUCGAGUACGAGACUCUCAGUGCUGAGGAAAUCCAGCUAGCGAUCAAGGGCCAGGCACAGGACAUUGGCGGCCGCCGGAAGCAAGAGGCGGAGACGACGAAGAAGGAGAUGGAAAAUCUCACGCCGAAGGAGGGGGCGAAGGUGCCAGCGCGGCCAGAGCCAAAAAAGGCGCCCAAAACCUUCGACGCGCAACCUGCGGAAGAGUGA